UUCACUUGCAGGACACAUAUCCAGAUCUCAAAAUGGUCGGCUCAAUUCCAAACGACAUCUUCCAAUUUUCCACCUACUCGGCCCUAAACGCAGGAUUCAAAGACGGCCAACCACAAACAGCGAACCUCUCUUCCCACGGAAGCGAUGGCCUGGGCGUCUACGAAAACGGCAACAUCCUCGUCUUCCAAGACGGCGAGGCCCACGCCAUCAGACCAAAUGGUGACAUCGUACCCGCGGACUCGCAGGCCCGGCUCAUCUUCGUCAUGGUGACCAUCUUUCAGCCUACUUUUCGCAUCGAAGUGCCCUCUCUUUCUCUCGAAUCUGUCCAGGAAAUCUUCCAGGAACCCGCGCUGCAGCUCGGCCGUGGCGUAAACACGUACGUGCCGUUCAAAGUCGUGGGCAAGUUUUCUAGCGUCGAGUUUAAAGAGGCCGGGUCGUUGAGGGAUGUUAGUGGCCAGUUGUUUGGGUUUGUGGUUCCCGAAUGGAUGAGGAGUGUUAGUGGACCUCGCGUUCACGCGUGUUUCUUGAAUGAGGAUGGGAAGAAGGGUGGGCUUGUGACGGAUUUUGAGAUGGAAGGGAAGACAGAGUUGAGGUUUGCCAAGUGUGGGAGGUUUCAUUUGGGGUUUCCUCAGGGUGAUCGGUGGGAGGAUUUGCGGUUGAAGUGA